AUGUCGGCCGUGUUCGCUAAUUUCCAACAGAAAAUGAACUCUCUCCGCAUUGAGGCGGACGAGAACGCAGCCAAAGCAGAGGAGCUCAAGCAGAAAGUCAAAUCUCUUGAACAAGACAACCUCCAAAAAGAACAAGAGAUCACUUCCCUCAAUCACCGUAACCAACUCCUGGAAGCCGAAGUUGAGAAACUCGAACAAGGCAUAAAGGAGGCAAAGGCACUUGCCGGCGAGUCGGCACAACAUAGCAACGAGACUGAGUCUCUCCAGCGGAAACUCCAAGUUCUCGAGGAGGAAGCCGAGCAGGCCGACAAGACCCUCAGGGAGACUAACGAGAAGCUCCGGCAAACCGAUGUCAAAGCUGGCCACUUCGAGCGCAAAGUCCAAGCGUUGGAGCAAGCACGCGACGAGUGGGAGAACAAGUACGAGGACAUGGCCAAAAAGUAUGCGGAUCUGCAGAAGGAGCUACAAGAACUGGAGCAAAGCAUGGGCAAUAUCUAA